AUGGAGGACCCCGCGGCGGCCGGGGCCGGGAGCUCGUCCACCAAUAGCAACGGCAACGGCGGCGGCAAAGGGAAGCAGGCGGCGCCCAAGGGCCGGGAAGCGUUCAGAAGCCAGCGGCGGGAGUCGGAGGGCUCUGUGGACUGCCCCACUCUGGAAUUUGAGUAUGGAGAUGCAGAUGGGCACGCAGCAGAGUUGUCAGAAUUAUAUAGCUACACUGAAAACCUGGAAUUCACCACUAACAGGAGGUGCUUUGAAGAAGAUUUCAAGACUCAAGUGCAGGGCAAGGAGUGGCUGGAGUUGGAGGAAGAUGCCCAGAAGGCCUAUGUGAUGGGACUCCUGGACCGACUGGAGGUGGUCAGUAGGGAACGGCGACUGAAGGUGGCCCGGGCUGUUCUGUACCUGGCCCAAGGCACUUUUGGGGAAUGUGAUUCGGAGGUCGAUGUGCUACACUGGUCCAGGUACAACUGCUUCCUGCUCUAUCAGAUGGGGACCUUCUCAGCCUUCUUGGAGCUACUCCACAUGGAAAUCGACAACAGCCAGGCCUGUAGCAGUGCUCUUCGGAAACCAGCCAUCUCCAUUGCUGAUAGCACAGAACUCAGGGUGCUGCUGAGUGUCAUGUACCUAUUGGUGGAAAAUAUCCGCCUGGAGCGAGAGACAGACUCCUGCCGGUGGAGGACAGCACGGGAGACCUUCCGCACUGAAUUGAGCUUCUCCAUACAUAAUGAGGAACCUUUUGCCCUUUUGCUUUUCUCCAUGGUUACCAAGUUCUGCAGUGGCCUGGCUCCCCACUUCCCCAUAAAGAAGGUCCUGCUUUUGCUCUGGAAGGUGGUCAUGUUUACCCUUGGUGGAUUUGAGCAUCUACAGGUUCUCAAGGUACAGAAGCGGGCAGAAUUGGGGCUGCCUCCACUGGCUGAAGACAGUAUCCAGGUGGUGAAGAGCAUGCGUGCUGCCUCCCCGCCCUCUUACACCCUCGACCUGGGGGAGUCUCAGCUGGCACCACCACCCUCUAAGCUGCGAGGCCGCCGUGGUUCUCGAAGGCAACUCCUCACUAAGCAGGACAGCCUGGACAUCUACAAUGAAAGAGAUCUCUUUAAGACUGAGGAACCAGCCACAGAGGAGGAAGAGGAGUCUGCUGGUGAUGGAGAACGAACCUUGGAUGGAGAAUUAGACCUGCUAGAGCAAGACCCUCUGGUGCCACCUCCACCCUCACAGGCAUCCCCUUCCGCUGAGCGGGUGGCCUUUCCCAAGGGCCUACCCUGGGCCCCAAAGGUCAGACAGAAGGACAUUGAGCACUUCUUGGAGAUGAGCAGGAACAAAUUCAUCGGAUUCACUCUGGGGCAGGACACAGAUACCUUGGUUGGAUUACCCAGGCCCAUCCAUGAGAGUGUGAAGACUCUAAAGCAGCACAAGUACAUCUCCAUUGCAGAUGUUCAGAUCAAGAAUGAAGAGGAUCUGGAGAAGUGCCCCAUGUCUUUGGUGAGUCAAGGGGCUCCUGCCCAGGAGAAAGGCAGGAGGAAAUCUAUCUGCAGUGCUGUCACAGAGCAUAUGUGCAUGCUGUUGGGCUCUUAUGAUAUUGCUCUACUUAAGAUUCUGCUGGCUGCAGCCCCCACCUCCAAAGCCAAGACAGACUCUAUCAAUAUCCUCGCAGAUGUCCUGCCUGAGGAGAUGCCCAUCACUGUUCUCCAGAGCAUGAAGUUGGGCAUUGAUGUGAACAGGCACAAGGAGAUCAUUGUAAAGAGUAUCUCUGCCCUGCUCCUGCUCCUCCUCAAACACUUCAAACUGAACCACAUCUACCAGUUUGAAUAUGUAUCACAACAUUUGGUAUUUGCCAACUGCAUCCCAUUGAUCCUGAAGUUCUUCAAUCAAAAUAUCUUGUCCUACAUCACUGCCAAAAACAGCAUCUCGGUCCUGGAUUACCCUUGCUGUACCAUCCAGGAUUUGCCGGAGCUUACUACAGAGAGUCUGGAAGCUGGAGACAACAACCAGUUCUGUUGGAGGAACCUCUUUUCCUGCAUUAACCUUCUGAGGCUGCUCAAUAAACUGACCAAAUGGAAGCAUUCCAGAACCAUGAUGCUGGUGGUAUUCAAAUCAGCUCCAAUCUUAAAGCGAGCCCUCAAGGUCAAACAGGCCAUGCUGCAACUUUAUGUUCUGAAGCUGCUAAAAAUACAGACCAAGUACCUGGGGCGCCAGUGGAGAAAAAGUAACAUGAAAACCAUGUCAGCCAUCUAUCAGAAAGUACGCCACCGCAUGAAUGAUGACUGGGCUUAUGGGAAUGACAUCGAUGCCAGGCCAUGGGACUUCCAAGCAGAAGAAUGCACCUUGAGGGCCAACAUUGAGGCUUUUAACAGCCGCCGGUAUGACAAACCCCAGGACUCUGAAUUUUCACCUGUAGAUAACUGCUUGCAGAGUGUGCUGGGGCAGAGGUUGGAUCUGCCUGAGGAUUUCCACUAUUCAUAUGAGCUCUGGCUGGAGAGAGAAGUGUUUUCACAGCCCAUCUGUUGGGAGGAGCUGCUCCAGAAUCACUGACUGAGCUCUUAACAACAAAACAUCUGAUAGAUGGGCUUAGGCUCCAAUAAAUGGUGCUCUGCCUACCCUGCCCAUUCAGCCUUUGUUUCCAGGUCUGGGAGUGCUUGUCCAGGGGAAAGCUGGGCUAGCCCAAGGACAUCCAGUGUAUUGCAGGGCCAUUCUGGAGGCUUUGGGCCUGGUGAUAGUGCAAGGCUAGGAUCCUGAGUCACAACAAAUUGGUCAACUUGCACUGGGGUCAGUUGGGUGCCCAGUUGGCCUUGAAAAUCUACUGGAUCAGUCCUGGACAGGCUCUGUAGUGGGACUGCUCCCUGCUUUAGUCUUGCCCAGAACCAGGCUAGCCUUUGCUGACCCCAAGAGUGAGAAUAAGUUUAUAAUGGCAUUUGACCCAUGACAUUCAUCAUAGGUAAUGGGAGAGACAAGUCAUAAAAUAGGGAGAACAUUUCCUUCUUGCUUACCCUGGAUUCCUAGGACUUAAAAGAGGUUUGGCAAAGCCAUCUUUGAAAUUAAGUCUGUAUUUUAAAUUAAAAAUUUUGACACCUCUUUCUAAAAUUAUUAGCUCAAAGAUGAUUUUAGAGCACCUGCACCUUCUUUGUAAAGGAUAAUGAUUUACUAUUACCUAAAUACUGCAUGUUAUAGUAAAGUAUAUUGUGUAAAGUUUUUUUUCUCUACUCCUAAAGAGAUCUAUGUUCAAUCUGAAAAUUAUUUCUCUGUGUAUUGUGUAUAGGGCAUGCAGUGCUCUGCCACAGCCAGUCUGAAAUAGGCCUCCUCUAAGGAUGUUUCAUGCUUUUCUGAAACUACUUCAGUCUUCAAAUGACUGAGUACACUGUAAAAAAUUAUCCUUUUCAUCCAAUUCAUUUUUUAAAUGACAAGUAACUACAGGAGGU